AAAGGCCCUGAUGAUAAGAAGUUGGUUUGGUCUCAAGAUAAGCCUGGCCAUGAAGUGUAAAGUCCUAGUCUAUGUCGCCUUCCUGACUCUCAUGAAGAAUGUGUCUCCAAGUGACAUUCAGGCCAGCCCAAAUACAAAUGCAACCUUCCCCUGUAAUGUGACGUUCCCUGUUGCUUUGAAGAGGGACAAAGUAGACAUGUCUCUCAUCAAAGCCAGCUGGAGGAGUAACGGCUCUGACAUUGCCUCAUUCAGUAAAGCAUCAGAACAAAUAACAGAAGGCUUCAGCUGGGACACCAGAGAUUUCAUCAAUGGGGACUUUUCACUGACCGUCCUCAGGGCCAGUCUUGACCUGCAGGGGGUGUAUGAAUGCACAGUCAGCUACAACUCCACAAUGCAGCACUCCAGUAACGUUACAUUUAGCAUCCUCUCUUCCCCUGCUCUCUCAGUCCCUCAGCAGUGGGUUGUGUUGGAAAGAGACAGCCAGCUUAAAUGCCACGCAUAUGGCUACUACCCUCCUCCUGUGUCUUUCUCGUGGACCAGAAACGGGCAAGUGAUUCAGCCUCCCUAUCACACUGAAGGUGAACGGACUCCAGAUGGGUACUACAUGGCCAUCGGCAACCUGACCUUCUAUCCUUCCCGUCAGGACCAGAAUGUGACCUUUGGCUGCAAAGUUUCACACAGUGGCAGUGAUCAGGAGCUGGAUUUCCGACUCAAUAUCACCUAUCUCCCUAUUGUUAGACUUUCAGCCUUGCCCUCACAGUCCAAAAACAUCCCUCUCACGCUUUACUGUGAUGUGGAGAGUUUCUAUCCAGAGGAAGUGUCUGUGUCCUGGCUUCAAAAUGGCACACUUCUCCCUGAGCCACCUGCCACUCAGCAAAACCCAGACGGGACCUACAGAAGCAGACGUUUUCAUACUUUGAGCUCCCAGCAAAGAGAACAAGGUGGCAAAGUUGAGUGUGCAAUAAAUCAGCCUGGAGUUGUGCAUCCAGUCAGUGCCUCAGCAUACCUAGAAAAACUGGAUCCUCAAGAUGAACCUCCGGUGUUGACUAAAUCAGCCAAAGCAUCUGUGGCCAUGAUGUGUAUUUCUCUGGUGCUGGUCUUCCUGCUCUGCUUUGGCUUUUCUUGGAGGAGGAGGGAUGAGAAACAGAAGUCUCUGAAUGUUUCAGGGAUCAUCCUCCCUCCACGUGUGACUGUAGGCCAAAAGGGCAGGGUGACAGUAAGCAUUGAGGGCAGGAGGGUAGACCGAGUCCUGACUGCAUGGUUCCUCAAUGACACCCCGAUCUCUGACACUUCACUGACAGUAUCAGAGAAAGGUCCUCUGCUGCCCUCCAGAGGCGAGAUGGGUUACUACAAGCUGCACACGCAGGGGCCGCUGCACUCAUCUGGAAGUGACACUCAACAGCUGAUCUCCUCCCUCACCUUCAUCCCUCAGAUUUCUCUCCACAAGGGGGCGGUGUUUAAAUGUCAGGUGUCCUACGCAGGCAAAGACAAGAUUGUGGUGGAGAAGGUGUCAGAAAAGUUUACAAUUCUGUCUGCUCCAGAAGUAUCAGAAAUUCAGCUGGCAGAGACACAAAAUGACUCCAAUGUCAUCAGUAUGACUGUCAAGGCAUCACAUUUUCAUCCUGAUGUCAUUACCUUCCGCUGGUUCUGCCAGGGGGGUGAGCUGAGCCCUGUGGCUUCCCAGGCUUCAUCCUCACCUCGACCCAAUUCUGAAGGCUUGUUUUCAGCCUACAGUCAAUGUAAACUGCCCCUGAGUGAACUGGAAAAGGGAAGCACAAAAGUGUGGGUCAGUGUCCACCACAUUUCCCUGAAGCAACCGAUCACUCGUGAGACCACAGGCUUCAUCAAGAGGCCAUGUGUAUCUGAAAUCGUCAGCUCCGCUGCUUCCCCAGGUCAGACUUUGACCUUGGGAUGUGAAAUCACAGAUUUCUACCCUCCAAACAUAUCUGUCACCUGGCUGAAGCUCAGAGAGGGAGAGCAAGAUGACCGAGAGGAGGAGGUGAUAGAGGGAGGAGAGAUGUGGGGCCCCAUACAGACUCAUUCCAGACUCUACAGGGCCACAGCCGCACUGACAAGAAGGGCAACACAUCAAGAGAAAAAGGAGCGUGGAGGAGGGCUUAUAUGUAGAGUGGAGCACUGUUCCCUAGCUGAGCCUAUUGAGAGACACUGGAGAAAUGGUGACAUAGUUGCUCCCUCCAUUCCUGCAUCGAUCUCAGUGUGUUGGAGCAGUGAAGGAGUUGGUGUGUUCUCUCUCCUGUUGAAGGGAGGUCACCCUAAGGUCAAACUACUCUGGGCAGCGGGAGGACUCAAUCUCUCGCCACUGGUGUCCAAUGAGACAGAGGAGAUAGGAGAUGAUGGACAGAGGGAGCUGAAAAGUGUGUGCGCCCUGGAGAGGUCCACAAGCCCGCCAAGUCAAACAAGUAAACAGCUGGAGAGACAGAAGAACGGACAUGCAAUAAAAACAAAAGCUGCUGUCACAGACCCUGACGCUGAGGGAAUAGAAUACAUUGACGAAAAAGUGGAUGGAGAGAAUAACAACAUUGACAGGGACGAGGAAACAACAUCAGAGGCGGAUGAGGAUAGCAACAAAGAGAGGGAGGAAGACCCCAGCGCUCUGCACAUCAACAGAGUCAACUUGAAGAAGGGUCCCAGAGAAAAUGAGAGAGCGCGUCUGAGAGUCUGUGUGGAGAUCACACACCCUGCACUCAAGCUUCCUGUUUACAGAACCUGGACAGGUAAUUAAAUCUGAUGGUCAGAGAAUCGGGGAGGAGGAAGUUUGAAGAUGGACAACGACAGUCCCGUGUCCAGGGUGGAGAGGACUUUUUGGACAGUUUGGUACUAUAUAACUGGAGCAGUCAACAGAUUCCUCAGUCCAGACCCCACUAACACUGUUAGAAAUGAGUCAGACUCCUUCCAGGAUUCUGCAGCUGACAGUGAGCCUGCAAACUGUGGCCAUGCAGAGGGUAAUGCUGGUGAAAUGGAAGUCGUGGGGGAACUGCCUCUUGCAACAGUCUCUGUGGUUAGCUCAUCUCAGCCACUUGUUGCUUGGGAGCUUCCCACCACAGACAUUGACUUAGGGCCCGAUGAAGAAAGAGUGCAGUUCAAAACCCAGCUGAGCAGAGGCAGUGAAGGCAAAGCAUCUGAUGAAGCUGAGGACAUGACAGAAGAACAGUUUGCCCUAACAGGAAAUGAUGGAGCAGGACUGCUCAUCCCUGAAGAUGCAAAAGAAAACAAAGAAGAAGAAAAUGGGGCUCAGAUAUUGUCCACUCAUAGACUAGAUGAGAUGCAGGAGAAUGAUGAGUAUGAAGAACAUAUGAGCACCAGGUCUUCAGGACUUACAGGUGAUGCAGUGAAUGAAGAUGUGGAGGAAAGAGGAAGACAAGCCGUUGCUGAGGAGGAGAUGACACCAAAUGAUCGACAAAAAAUGGAUGAGAACUUAACAAAGAUUGAAACAGAAGAAGAGGAUAAAAUGCUUCAUGAAGAUGAACAAGAUUUGAAGGCAGAAGACGUUGAGGUAAAAUUAUGCACAGUCACGACUUUCAGUCUAGAAGAGGGUGGAGUGCACAUAGAAGAGGCAAAGGUGCAGAGAGACAUGGCAGAUACAGCAGUGAAGCACGAGGGGGUAGAAGAAACCGAUGGUGCAUUACUGCUGGCCUCUGAGAAUGAAAACAAGUCUGAUGAGAGAACAAGACAAGCUGAAAAUCAACUCAUAGUGUGUGAAGAUUUGGCAGAUUAUGACAGAGAUAUCCAGGAAAACCAAAGCUUUACAUCAUUACACGCUGAGUUACAAAUGGACAAAAGUCCAUUUGAAAGCACAUUGGAUGAGAGGGAGCAGGGUGUCAUCACUGAGGAAAAAAAGGGAAGUGAGGCUGCAAACCAAACAACAGAUGAAAUGCCAGCCCAGGAGGACAACAUCAAAUCAGUUACAGAAGGUCAAGAAGAAGACAUUUCAACCAGACAUGUCACAGUCGGUGAAGAAUUCAUGCAGAAUGCUCUAACAGAGCUCCACCCUGUUGAAUUCACAGUUGGAGAACAGGAGGGUGUGGCUAAGGACACAGGCGUACAAACCAAGGCAAGAGAGACAGAUGAUGUUAAAACAGAAAGCCAUGGCGAAGUGAUCGAGGGAAACGUUUACAUGACAACAGGAAACAUUUCUGUAGAUGAGAAAUUUAUUGAUAAAGAUCAAGUAGAAGCUGAGCGACUUCUCAGUGAAAGAGAUGGCAAAGAAAGUUACAUGGAAGUAGCAUGUACAGCCACCUCAGUUACAGUAAAACCUGAAGGCGAGACUGGUCAGGAAAUAAGUGGAGAGUUUAAAAAUACUCCCCCAGGGAUUUGUGAAGGCCAGUUUGUUGUGUCGCAGGAGCUAAAUUCUCCAGCAUAUGAGGAAACACAAGAGGGAGUUCCUGAAUACAACAAUGAACCAGGGCCAGAUGAAAAUACAACACAAAGGUUCCUGGAAGAAGGAGAUUGCAAGGAAAUCCAGAACACGCAAUUACCAGAAGAGGUGGAGAGCAAAGAGCUGGAGAGCUUUCAAAACAGCGACUGUGGCAGUGGAGCUGACUUUUUACUCGUGAGGGAGCAUAUAGAAGAGGAACAAGAACGCACAGAAGAUAUUAAGAACAGCUUUGAGUUGGUGGUGGAGCAGGACACUGGAAUACUGCAUCUCACUGAUGCUGGAUUGUCAGAAGAAGGAGAAACACCACUUGCUGAACCAGUAAUUCAAGGAUCAGGACUUUUAUUUGAGGAAGAGAAAGGACAUUUAUUGGUUGACUCAAUGAAAGCGGUGAUUGAACACUCAGAAAAAGAGUCUGAGAUGCACAUGGGAUUAACAGAUGAGACUGAUGCAACAACAAAACUGCUGCGGGAUGAGACUGAAGAGAUUGUGGUUGAGAAAGAUGAGCUGUUAUGUGAUAUCAAAGAAGCUGAUGGUGCUGGAGAUCACCAGGAGAUGACAGGAGCCAUAGCAGCAGAGGAAGUGGUCGGAUUGGUUGAUGGAACUUCAAAAUUUCCAAAGGCUGAAGUGCAGAAGAUAACAGAGACACACAGGGAGAGGGAAGAUAUUAUAAACUCAGAGCAAAACAGCUGCAGGACAUCAAGUUUAGUAGAAGACAUUACUGAAUCUGGAUUCCUGAAACAGUUGGUUGAGAGUGAGCCUAAAUUACCAGAGGAUAUUGCUGUAGAAAUGCAAGAUGCAUCGAUAGAUAUGGAGAAAUCACAUCACAGAGUUGAGAAGGAAGCAGCAGAAUAUGAAGUGCAGAACAAAAAUGAGAUUGAAAUUUUAAACCUGCAGUUAGCAGAAAUGGCAGCUGGACCAACUACAGAAAGGAAUGAAAAAGAAAACACUUUGACUGCAGAAUCUGAGUCACCAGGCACUCAAAAUCAACUGUCAGCAGAAUCACUUGAAAUAAGCAACAAGGAGACUGAAGCAUCUGGUCAAUCAGUGACAAGUGACUCCGAACCAAACGAUUUGACUGCGAUAUCAGAAGAAGAAAUAUCAAAACCUGUGACAGAAUCAGAGGGGAGUUACGCUGAAGGAUCAGUGAGCCUAGUCGGCGGACAUCAGGAUGUGAUUGAUGAAGAAAUCCUUGACUUGUGGAUACAGACAGCGUUGUCGGAGGACACUGAUGGCACAAAACAAGAAGGCCCUGAGCCUGGACAACAGAUGGACAGAGAAAUAGAGCCAUCUAAGGAGGAACAAAAUGAAACGUCAUCAGUGCAGACAGAGAAGGAUAAAGAGCAGCUUGAGGAGUCCAAUUCAGGGGAAUCUGAGUUAGUGAGUGACCCAGAGAUGUCUUCAUCAGCAGGAGAGUCUGGGUUUUUGGACAAGUCUCCCUGGGAAUGGGGUGCUCAGAACAAUGAAACUCAGCUUUUGACAUCAUCUAGCACUGGGUCAAUUCAAGGCGUAUGCGACAUGUUGUCUAAUAUGUCAGAAUCCACAGACAUCUCUGAACUGUCGACACACCGAUCUAACUCUGAAUCUCAGGAGAUCUUGAUGGAGGAAGCCACUGAGACAGUACAGUCAAACCUGAAAGAGGAGGAAUCAGUCCCUGAGACAGGAUCUCAUCAUCAUAAUUCAGGAGUUACAUCAUCAGAGGCAAGCCAUCUCGAUCAAGACCUAGAUACAUUGCGAGACGACACAGAAGAAGAAACUGGAUCGAAGAAGGAGACUAAUGCUGAGGUAACAGACCUUGCAAUGAAAACCAGCUGGAAAGAUACUGUAGAAGCAGGUGCUAAGUCACUGACAGAGAUGAGUACCCUUUUAAAAGCUGAAGAAAUUGAAGUGGAAGAUGAGCCUCUUGAAAUGACUGUGUCGGACUCUCCGGAGGGAACGGAGCACACUGACUCAGGAUGCUCUAGAAGUGGCUCAGAAGCUUCGUUAAAGGAGGAAAUUUUAUCAACAGAUUCUGGAUCACAAGACGGCAGCUGCACUGAAUCAGAGAAGGAGUUACUGAAGUUGCCCACACUGGAGAAACCACAGACUGAACAGUCAGAAGAUGAUAUUGAUUUAUUAGCUGGCCUAAAUAAGGCUGAGGUGACAGAGGAGCUGACAACAGAGGCUGAAGAUCAGUUGGAGGUUGAUGCCUCUGUGCUGGACUUUACAGCACAAAGGUCACGAAUUGCUGUUAAAAACCCUCGCGUAAGGCCACCCAAAGAUCCCCGCUCCCUGCUGCAUAAACCCUCAGUGGAUCCUACACCCUCUUCACGUCUGCCAGUCAAAAUCCCUGCAGGUGUGCCCUUGGGAGGCUUGGGCAUUGGAAUAAAACUGCCUGGGCUUGGUGCAGGUAUUCCUGUUUUAAAAAAGACACAACGAGUGGUGAGAGAUGAAAACAGCCAGGAAGUCCUCUCACAGAAACCUGAGACGAAUCCAGAGGAGAAGAGAAACACUCCUAAACCAGAUGAGGCACAACACAAACCUAAAUGGAUGCCACCAAGACAGCCAGGAUUUGGAAAUCCACUUAUGUCUGAGCUGAAGACCAAAUUGAAGAAAACACCAAAAAGUGAUUAACUGUAAUGCUUUGUGUGAAUAUCUAAAUAUAUCAUAAAUAUUUUUUGUAUUUAUCAAACUGAAUACAGUGAUGGAAUGUUCAUUUUGUCAAUUACUUGUCUUAUGUUUAACUUUUGUAAUAAAGCUUAACUAAAAAGAAGUAAUGGUAUUUUCUCA